AGUUUAAACGCCAAUGCAUUCGGUCACAUUUUGAUGGUAUUGUGUGAUCACUUGCAUUCGGAUUUUUAAAAACAACAAUCCAAAUAAAAUGAAAAACCACAAAGGGAAUACUUGUACUAUGUAAACAAAUAACGAACACAGAAAAAUGCACCAUAAACUUAUGUUUUGCAAAUAAAUACCAUACAAAUUCGACAAAUUACCGUGAACACACGAACGAGAGAGAGAUAGAGAGAGAGAGAGUGACGAAAAGGCAUCAGUAAUGCUGGAUACUAUAUGAAAGAGCAGCGACCGACCAUCAAAAUAGUGUUGCUGAUAUGCGAACUGGUUAAUUGAGCAGUGUGCAUACAACGAUCUUUGUUCAGUGACCUUUGGCUUUGAUUCCAAAAGCUAUAUAUGUAAAAAGACAGCAAAAAUUGAUAGGAAAUAAUUCUUUGCACGCCAGAAUGACAGAAAAAGCAAAAGUGAAAAUACUUGAAAGUGUUAUUUGAUAUGGGAUGAUUAGUGCGUAUAAAAAUAAGGUUUUAUCGCGGAUUAAAAAAAACGUGGCCUUUAGAACGAUAGCAUAUAAGCACACUUUCAAAUAUAUCUACUACGGUGUAUUGCAUUGUGUGGGUUUGAACCCAUUUCAAAUAUCCAACAGUGAGUGGAUCUACGAAAGUGGAGAAAAUGAAAGUGCAGAGAGAGAGAUAAUCGAAUGAGAAAAAGCGUGUACACAUUUGCAUAUCGAAUAGAAAAGUAACAACUAGAGAACAUGAGUGCAAUGCAUAGUAUGUCGAAUAGCUCCAUAAAUAAUGAUUCUGGCGGCAAAGUACCGUUCAAUUUUUUCGACUCGAUUUUCGAAUCCAUCAAAACAACCGAAGAUUUUAUGCUAUGGAUAUUCGUUGUAGCUUUGAUCGGCUUUGGCAUCAUUCUGAACAUACUUGUGCUUGUAUCCAUAUUGAAUAUUAAACGCAAUGGAACGCAUUAUUUACUAGUACAAAUAAUAAUUGUGGAUGUGCUAUCGUUAAGCCAAGUAAAAUGGGAGUUAUUUUACGUGAGUCAUCGGUCAUGGCUCGAAUCGAUUGAAUGGUGCCCAAUCUACUUGGGUAUGGAUGCGAUCAUAAGUACAGCUCAAAUAUUCUUAAUAAUUGCGCUUAAUUUUCACACGAUCUCCACAUAUAAUUUGGCAUGCAAGAAAAUUGAACGGAAUCGUGCCAAAUUAUUACACUCUGAAAUGGCCGAGAGCGACUACACUGAAGACAAUUUUCAAGAUGAUGAAUUCGACGAAAGUGACAGUAAUUGUGAUAUCAGCAUAACAACAUCCAUGGCAGAAACAAAGCCAUCGAUUGCAUCGGAAUUGCAUGGAAAUAAUCAACAAAGAUCGAUUGUUAUCGAUUACAGCACUAAACCAAAGAAACGUAUUUCAGUUUUGCUACCGAUAAUUCUGAUUUGGUUGCUGGCAAUUUCAAUAUCGAUUCCACUAUUCAGCUUUGGACGUAUUAUACCAACGUUAAAUCGAAAUAGUAACGAGAGAAUGUGUGGUUUGGUUGUGAUGGAUCAUAAUAGUAAUUUCCUUUUACAAGUUUUAUUGAUUAAAAUGCGAAUUAUAGUGCCAACACUAUGUCUACUUUUAAGUACAGCCUAUGUGAUUUUGAAACUAUGCACGGCCAAAAGGCAAAUCAUCGACCAUUUUAUCGAAGAAGAACAAAGUGAGAUAAUAGCACCACUUAAAUUAGCACUAUCACUUGCACUCACUUAUAUGCUGUGCUCUGUACAACGUAUGUACGGUUCGUUAUUAUUUGAAUUGAUCUCUCGUCCCAUGAUGGAAUAUAAAUAUGCAAAAUUUAACAAAUUCACCGGCAUCAUUGGAUGCAUCAUUCAUUAUUCGUUAAUCAUAUUUCGACCAUUUUUAUAUUGGCAUUUUGAAACGAAAUUUCGCAAAGAUCUACAAAGGAGGUGCUGUUGCAUUUUUACCCAACGCAGAUGAACUGUGACAACAACAAAAGAACUAUCUAUAUUUUUCGAGACCGAUUAAAUUGAAAUGAGAAGAAACCGCUUUUUUGUAUCAUUUCUAAGCCUAUCUUAUAAGAUUGUACAGAUUGAAAUUAUAAGAUAAAGA